GACUCCUUGCAACGGUCAUAAGGAGGAAGGGGGAAUUCGGGAGCCCUCCAGGGGCAGGAAAUGUGCUUUAGGUCACAGCGUCAGGCUGCGCGGGAGUGGCAGCACGACGACGUCUGCGUCUCCAGUGCUAAGGAAGAAGAGCUGGAUGACGGUGUAGCGCGGAGCUGCCGACUGCGGCGCUGUUCAAUCACCCCCUAUCCGCGCUGCCGGUGUGGUGGCGUCCCGAUGUAGAUUGCUCGCGCAGUCAGUGCAGCCUGGCUUCCAGAUCUGGAUUAUUGCCGUCUUCUGCCGUCUCACCGCACGCCCGGAUGGUGGUUCUGUGCGGGAUGUCGUGAACGGUGAACUGGGCGGGCGUGGCGUUGGGGCGCGGAGCAUCCCAUUGGUGGGUAUGUGGGAUUGUUUGGGAGGUUACGCUUGAUUGGGCAAUCCGUGGUGAAAAGGCGGCGUGGGUUUGAGAUUUCGGAGAGGGCAUUUGAGGGAGAAUGGGGGCGACGACCAUAGGGAUGAUGGACGCGGCCUACUUCGUGGGCCGCAACGAGAUUUUGAGCUGGGUAAACAGCACGUUGGAGCUGUCGCUAUGCAAGGUGGAGGAGGCGGCAAGCGGGGCGGUGUACUGCCAGCUGAUGGACGUGGUGCACCCGGGGAUGGUGUCGAUGCACAAGGUGAGCUUCGACGCGAAGUCGGAGUACGAGAUGAUCCAGAACUACAAGGUGCUGCAGGAUGUGUUCAACAAGCUGAAGAUUGGGCGCCACAUCGAGGUGAGCAAGCUGGUGAAGGGGCGGCCGCUGGACAACCUGGAGUUCCUGCAGUGGAUGAAGCGGUACUGCGAUCAGAUAAACAAUAAUCACGUGAAUCCGACGUACAAUGCGGCGGAGAGGAGGGAGACGUGUAAGGGAGGGAAGGAGAUGAACAGGCGGGCGUUGGGGACCAGCAGCAGCAGCAACAAUAGCCAGGUCAGUGCGAAGUCGGCAUCGACCGUGGGAGCGAAGGCGAACGGAGGUGGAGCCCGGCGGGUGACGGAGAACACGAACCCGAACGUGAAUGGGGGCGGGAGGGGUGGCGGUGUGGUCGGUGGGGGUUUGAGCGCAGCGAGGCACAUGAAAGACGGCAUGGAACAGGUUUCUGGCGUGAACGAGGAUCAUGUGAAGCAGAUCACGGAGCUGAAGCUGUCUGUGGAGAGUCUGGAGAAGGAGCGCGACUUUUACUUUACGAAGCUGCGCGACAUCGAGAUUCUGUGUCAAGCGCCGGAGCUGAGCUACAUUCCGGUUGUGAAGGCGGUGCAAAGAAUUUUGUACGCCGCAGAAGACGAUCCUUCGGUGAUCGCUGAGGCGAAGGCCAUGGUGGAGGGAGAGUCGAGUCUGGGCAUCCUCUCACCAGGAUCCCAAUAUUUGGAUGAUAAUCAGGAUCUUUUAGGUUAGUGGCGGCAAGGCUCUAGAACUCCCAGCCAAGGACUCGCCGCAGGACUGCUACGUUGAAUUCAUGGGCGCAAUCUCCAAUCCCCGACGAAGCCUCUCAGGCGUGGACAUCAUCACCUCGUGCUGCUCACUGUCUGGACGGGCUUCCGUCGGGCGCAUUGAUCGCGCAUUUGUCAAUUUUCCGGCUGGAUGAGUGCAGUGCGUUGACUCUGGGUGGCCUUCAGACAUGCGAGUCGUUGGGCUGAAUUUCUGUUGAGAAAACGCGACUCUACUGAGUCUGCCAUAAACAGGGUAGACUUUGUAUAGAAUGUGUACGGUAGAAGCCAGCAACCUUGACGGUGUUCACGUCCUUGAUGGUCAUAGCCCUUGAGGGCUCCAUGGGAGGAGCCGGCAUGGAGGAGCUCCUCGUUGCUGAGAUUAUUGAAAACUGGAAGGCUUAUUACAUUACAAGUGGGGGGUCGCGUGUUCAUGAGUUGUACAUACUUUCGGUGCAUUCAGUAGUUGUGAAGUGCAGGGAGAGGCGUUUGGUUCUGGGUUUGUUUGGUGGGUGUCGUGGGUGGUGCGUUGUGAGUCGCAACAUUUUGGAGGGGGAUUGAAAGGAAGCGGUGAGCGAGUUGUGGUUGUGUGAAUUCGGAAUCGCCAGUCCAGGAUGACGACGUGCAUUUGGAUUUUGUUGCACACAUGAUGCGAGUUCCGUUGUUGGCAAUGGCACCUGUUCGAUUUUGCUGACGGGGUCCCUCAGGGAAAAACAUGAUUCAGAGCGCCUGGGAGUGGGAGCGCCCACAUUCAUAACGCCUCAGAGGUGUGGAUGGGGCGAAGUCUCGUCGGAUGUUUUGUUGGAUGUACUGCGGGACUUUCGGGUAACGCAGCGGAGAGGGACGAGUUCCGAGUAGGAUGGAAUUGGAUUGUGAAGUCGCUGAUGAGCAGGCAUGUGGUGCGACUUUGGGUCGCGUGUGAUACGCGACUAGGUAGUGCCGACAGCGGACUCUGCAAAGUUUCAGACGCUUAUUCCGCAUGCGUGGUUGUGAUCGGUAGCUGUGAACGUCAUCGUGUAGGUUUCGUAUUUUGAAGAAGAUUGAGAGGAAUUAGGCGGACCGAGGGUCUUGAAUUGGUGGAGAGGCAGUUCAGCUGCUUUUGUCGAAGCCCUCACCACGUAGUGUAUCGAAAUGGGUGUUAGCAAUAGUCAUGCUUGCUGCAGGAUUAGUAUCUGCCGAUUGAAUCAGGAGCUUGUUGCACAAACUCCUGCGGUGUUAUAGGGGGGAAGUGGGACAUUGUGAUGAGCCUCGUUCUUUUCAGGACCUACUCCACCUACUGCUUCAGAGUGUUUCUGGGUUUUGUUUGAGGCACCUGAUCACGAUGCAAGCGCUCCAAAUCUCAUUACAAUGCGGCAUCUCAAAGCGAAGAGUUUGACGAGGACAAAAAAAGUUCCAUAGUGAAUGGAAAUUGAGACCAUGAGAUAUAAGUUAGAAAGAUUGAAAUUCUGCAAAGUUGCGAUAAAUUUAAGCACGUUAAAGGAAAAUAAGUGUUCGAAAUGGAAGGUGCGAAGUGAAUCAUCGUAGCUUCUAUAGCUUUUAUUUUAAGAUUGCCCAACUGAAAGAGGUUUGUGGUUGAAGCCAACGGCUGCAUACUAUGGCGUAGAAUCCUGUGUUCAUGCUGACACCCAAUCCAAAUAAAUUUGUGAUCAUGAAAACUGUGGAUCAGCGACAAAGAUCAGGGAUAAAAAAAGGCCAAAAAGGUGGAAGUAGCUUUGCCUUGGGAAAAAGGCUUGAAGAAAGGUUCGAAGAAAGUUUUAGAAUGUGAAAAGUACACUAUUUGACUUGAUUUAAUCAGAGGUUUUUUUCCAAAGUU